AUGGUUGGUGUGCCGGGGAAAAGCAAGGGCUGCAAUACAUGUCGACGUCGAAAGAAAGGUUGUGAUCAGAAGCGUCCAAUAUGCGGCCAGUGUGCCUCCAGUGGCUACACUUGUGGGGGAUACAGCCGUGAUACGACCUUUAUCAUCCAUCCGGCCAGUAAGGCUGUCCAAAACGCCGUCUUCCUCUCUUAUGCAAAGCCUACGCCGGCUGCACUACAGCGUUCCGUCGAUCGCGCCGCCGUGGAGUCGCAAUGUCGAAGUCUGUUCUGGGACUUGUACAUGCCCCAAGGAGAUGCAUCCUGCCGGGAUGCUUUUAUCCUGCGCUGUGGUCAUCCCAUGAACUGGGCGGAGGUCUUCCAGGAUAUCUCCGACCAAGACCGAUCCCUCGAGGAAGCCUUCUCUGCAUUGAGUAUCUCAAGAGUCGGUCAGGGGAACAAAGAUGUUCGCCUCGUGCAUGAGAGCGCCAAAUUCUACGGCAAUGCCCUCAAAGAACUGCAAGGCGCUCUGUUUGAUCCGAAGCGGAUGUAUUCUAACCAGGUUCUGAUGGCCUGUAUGCUACUGGGCCUGUACGAAGUACUGGAAGGACCUGCUUUCAACUCGCGGAGCUGGAUCACCCAUGCUAAAGGGGCCGCCCGACUCAUUCAACUCCGUGGACCAGAGCGGCAUCAAGAGUGGGAUGCUCAUCACCCCUUUCUGGCUUCCAGGAUACCGACCAUUUACGCCUCCAUACUGCAGAGAAAAUCGACUUAUUUGGCCACAGAGGAAUGGCUCACCGUUCCUUGGGCCACCCAAAAGCACAAGACUUACUUUGACAGGAUGGUCGACCUCGCCACCCACGUCCCCAGUAUCUUGGAGAAGUUUGAUCUCCUCUGCGAAAAGGCAGUCGGCAUUGGAGAAGAUCUGGUGCAACUCUUACAACAAUGUGAGGACCUCCAAACCCGCCUGAACCAGUGGAGGGGCGGCACAAAGACCGGAGCUACUCCACGCUCGGUCAAGCACCAGCCUGCCGACGACGAUGGCUAUCCGUUUGGGACCGAUCUCUGGUUUAAAAAUCACUUGUUUGUUCACGCUCGUCUGGUUUACUACACUUGUUCUUUGGCUUUGGCGGAGGUGGUGGAAGAUAUAUUACAAACUUUGGAUUUCCAGGCACAUCAACUGCCGGACUCCCUUGACCGCAAUGGGCUGAAGGAGCUGUGUAAUGCAGACCGUUACGCCAACAACAUAUGCCGCUCAGUCACUUAUUGUUUACAACCAGAGAUGGGGGCAUGGGGAGCAAACAUUGUCAACUUCCCAGCCAACCGAGCCCUGGCAUAUUAUCAAACGAUGGGGAACACUGCUGCUACUGAUUGGCUUUCAAGAGCUUUUCAGACUGCCAAAAGGAGAGGUUUCCAUGUCGAAAAUGUUUUCACUCAGCUCCUCAGGGCACCUCAAAUCAAAGACGCCCCAAGUCGUCUGCUCAAGAGAGAGUCCAGUUCUGAAUCGACCACAGACACAACCGAUGCAGAACAUUCGCCUUCCUCGAGUCAAAGUUGGGGGAGCACGUCAAGCACAUUCGUCUAUGAAGACCCCUCGAAGGACUACUACGUGGUGACCCCCAACCCGGGCUGA